CUAAGGUUUCAUUCAAGUGUUUGACUUGUUUAUUCUUUUCUGAAGAAAUUGCGGCAUCAAAUUUUCUUCUCACACUACAUUAGGUUGCUCUCAUGGUUACCCUACCGCCGAAGUUGCGGUGUCGCCGCCGUAAAUCCAAACCCUCACCGCUAACAAUCCUUUCGAAUGACCUUAUCGCCGAUAUUCUGUCUCGCCUUACUGUCAAACAUCUGAUGCAGAUGAAAUGCGUGAGUAAGUCAUGGAAUAAUCUUAUAUCCGAUCCUAUAUUCAUCAAAAUCCAUCUUCAUCGAUCUUCACUAAAUCCACAAUUCUCACUAAUAUCUUCGCAUAACGAUGAUCACAGUUUUGUACCCUUCCCUGUUACUCGAUUAUGGGAAAACCGAAGGAUCAAUCUUCCUCGUGAUCCUUGUUUCCAAUUGCACAAUAAGAAUUGCUAUGAUGUUGUUGGUUCCUGCAAUGGACUAGUAUGCUUGGUAGGUUAUUCUCUCAAUGUGAUCACUAGGUACAAAAAAUUCUGGCUUCGAUUCUGGAAUCCUGCUACCAGAGCAAUAUCUCAGAAAUUAGGGUUUUUUUUCUAUUACGAUCGAUAUAAAUAUGAAUAUUAUAAAUUCAUGUUUGGUUAUGAUAAUUCAACUGAAACGUAUAAAGUUGUGGCAUUACGUUCAGUUACCAAUCAUCCUCUAUCAGAAACCGAUGUGAAAGUCUUCAGUUUAGGUGAUAAUGUUUGGAGAACCAUUCAUGGUUUUCCUGCUAUUCCUCUUCAAUUGCACUUUGGUCAUGAGUAUGAUGGUGUACAUUUGAGUUGCACUAUUAACUGGAUGGCAAUUCAGGAUGUGUUUGGGAGAGAUGAUGCUGUUGAGCAAUAUGUGAUAAUUUCUCUUGAUUUGAGCACAGAGACAUUCACACAGUUGAUGCCUCCUGAAAAUUAUGACAAUUAUGGUGGUAUUUCGCCAAAUAUUUGCGUGUUGAUGGAUUCCCUUUGUUUUUCUUAUGAUGAGGAAGCCGAGUUUUUCAUAUGGCGGAUGACGAAAUUCGGAGAUGAAAAAUCUUGGUCUCGGUUCCUUAGAUUAAGGGCCCAUCUUUGGGAUCUUGUGAAGGACGGAGUUGCACCGCUUGUAGCAAACGCGGCGGGUGAAGAAAAGGUUGCACACAAAGAAUUGAAGAAGAAAGAUUAUAAAACUCUCUUUAUAAUUCAUCGAUGUUUCAAUUCUAACAAUUUCGAGAAGGUUAGUGAUGUUAAAUCAGCGAAAGAAGCAUGA